AUGGAGCCGGAUCUAUCAGCCAGCAUCUCCUUCCACCCGCACGCGUUCAGGACCCAGUCCGAGACAGCUAACACCCCUCGACUGUCCCGAUCGCGCGCAACCUCCCCCGCCGCUCCCAUGAACAGAAUGACUAUAGACGGCGCCAACAGCACCGCCAUCGAAGCCACCGACGGCGCUGAUGACACCACCGUCGCCCGCCAUCCCCACCGCCCUGACGAUGUCGAGGUAGAAUCUCAACGGGCAGGCCGCUUCCCCCUUGUCGGCGCCGGCAACGACCCCUACGGCCUUUCGCAAAGAUACAAGACCGAGUCCGAACUUGCCGAGAUCAAGGCGAACACGUCCAGGAAGCGAGACGCCCCGUCCAGCUCCGGCUCGGGCUCCAACAAAAGCAGCAAGUUCUCUGGAUACAUCAAGCCCUUUGGGCGCAACGCCACCCAAGCCCGCCAGCUCCGCGGGUUUUAUGAAGCGCAAAACGAAACGAUCGAGCGAAUGCUCAAGACGGUCGAGGAACACCGCGCCGAAGCCAAACAGGAGCACGGUGAAGAUCACCUCAAGUUCCAGAUCGCCGUCUGGGGCUCUUUGGCUGCCAACGUGGUUCUUACCGUCCUCCAACUCUACGCCGCCAUCUCGUCUGGGUCGCUGUCUCUUUUCACCACCAUGGCAGACGCCAUCUUCGACCCAAUGAGCAACGUCACGCUUAUUCUCACCAACAGGGCAGUCAAGAGAGUUGACCCGAACCGGUUUCCUGCCGGGAGAGCAAGACUGGAAACGGUGGGCAAUAUCGUCUUUUGCUUUUUGAUGACAGCCGUGUCGAUGAUUAUCAUUUCUUUUGCCGCGAGGGACUUGGCGGAGCACAACGGGGAGGACCAACUUAAGGAUUUCCACCUCCCGUCCAUCAUCGCCGUCGGCGCGGCCUUUGCGACAAAGUUCACCUUGUUCCUCUACACCUGGGGCAUCAAGGACAAGUACUCCCAAGUGCGCAUCCUCUGGCAAGACCACAGGAACGACCUUCUUGUCAACGGGUUUGGCAUCCUGACUUCGGUUGGCGGUUCCAAGCUGAUCUGGUGGUUGGACCCGGCUGGUGCGAUUUUCUUGUCGGUCGUCAUCUCUGGUCUCUGGCUUAGGACUGCUUUUACGGAAUUUUUGCUGUUGGUGGGCGUUGUGGCUAGUGUGGAGGUUCAGCAGCUGAUCACGUAUGUGUGUGUGACGCAUAGCCCGCUGAUUAGGCAGAUUGAUACCGUGAGGGCGUAUCACAGCGGGCCGAGGCUGAUUGCGGAGGUGGAUGUGGUGAUGGAUGCCGAGGCGAGCUUGAGGGAGACGCAUGAUGUGGCGGAGGCGCUGCAGAUGAAGCUGGAGGAGCUGCCGGAUGUAGAACGGGCGUAUGUGCAUGUUGAUUAUGAGACUACGCAUAAGCCGGAGCAUGGGUUGAAGAAGGAUAUGUAG